GACCGAUGGCAGGUCAACACGUAGCACUACAUCAAUGCACUGGAGUCGAUACAUCUUUUCCACAGGCAUUCUGACUGAUGUCUCAGGAUGAAAAGUCGAGAGCAAAACCCAAACAAACACCUCUGUGGCUCAGGCAGGCGGUCGAAUGAGAUUGAGCAGCAUUUCUUCCAGCUGCUCCACCUUCUGCUCCAAGGCGCCAAUCUUGGCCUGGUAUUUGGCAUCCAGCUCCGACUGCAGCUGGCCGAUCUUGUCGCUGUCGGACAGACUGGCAGUCAUGUUGUUGACGGCCUCAAUCACGCCACCUUCCAGUUGUACGACUCGCCCUUCCAGUUGUGCCACUCCGAUGUCGGAGUUGGGAUUUGUUUGGAUGGUCGAGAAGUGCAGAAACAUGGCUCCAUGAUGGAUGUAUUGCCAGCCUUCUGUCCAAGAUGGACACGAGGAUUGAUCUCCUGCUGUCAGCUCGAUAGCCUUCACCGGAUAGCCUUCACGUGGGGUUGCUACGUGCCACCUAUCCCCCCACGCCGCUUCCGCCUGGGCUUUUGACCCGCUGGGCAUGGACCCGCCGAUGCGUCCCUCCCAGGUAUCCAACGAUACACAAUCAUAGUUUUGUCCGCACCGCUUAAGCUGCACAACUUGUAGAAGGCAUAACGUGAGUAUCUCCGCGGCAAUCGGGAAAGGGCUCCAAGCGGCAAGCACCACGAGAAGCACUAUCAUCUUCAUUUUCGCUCUGAAAGCAGUGGAUAAUCUGGCAAAGGCCCGAGAUCAUUGAGAUGAGUUUCUCUCCUACCUGAAGUGCGUCGGGGAACCGGCUUGCAACCGUGUGUAUUGGAUGGCCACGACGUGCCGCAUGCGGGCGGGGGACGAGAAAUGUGGC